AUGACAUCGGACUCGAUCCCCCAUACACAGCUUCGCCACUAUAUCAGCACUGCCGAUCCUGAUCGCAUCUAUGUCGUCGUCGAACGAAUAGUCUAUGCGAUCCACAUUGCUUCACAGAAAAGGGAGGAUAUCGCUGUCAUUCCAUUUGAGCCGCGAUGCUUAGCGGCCGGCUUUGGAGGCCUACAAGCCCACGAGGCCAUACCCUCACACCUACCAUCGGAUGUGGAUAGCGCUCUACCGGUCGAUCUGGAGCCUGCCUCACGGUUCUUGACACCGGAGAAUCCGACCGAUGGUCCAUCGUCGACUCGGCCCACCACAACACGGUCGUGGUCAGAGUUUGAGCGUCACAAAUUCGGAGGGAGUAUUGUGAAUUCGGUUACCAUUCAUCAGUUCCCCGGAACAGAGGAAGGUGCUGCACCUGAGGACGUAUUGAUAAUAAGCAAUAACGACCGUACGGUCACUGUCUAUUCGCUCACUCAUGCUCUGAUCGUCAAGGUCUUUCACCAUCCAUUUUGCAUGAAUUAUGCAAUCGUGUCGCCAGAUCAUAGCUUGCUUGCUGCCGUCGGUGAUGAGAAUCGAGCCUACUUCUAUACCAUCACCCGUGAUUGGGAGCUCUCAUCCUCCAAAGAGAAAGAAAGCGAAAAGAUCAUGACUUGGGGGUGGGAGCUAACUCAAUGUGUUGAAAUGGACAUAGGGUCUAAAGUGGAUGAUGCAUGCUGCUUCACGAUAGCGUUUUCUCCGUCCAGUCAUCUCUGUGCUGUCGGAUCCCAAUCCGGUGUUAUCACCGUCCUGGAUGUCAACCUCGUUCACCACUCAGAAAGCGAGACAGCGGUUAUCUGCCAGUUCCCGGCUUCUCGAACAGGUCCUGAAGGUGGCGCUGUCCGGUGUAUGACUUUCUCGCCUGAGCCCUGGGAUCUGUUGGUUUGGCUGGAAGGCCAUGGCCGAGCUGGAGUGGCAGAUGUUCGCCAAGCAUUCCUGCGCAGACAAACUUUGUACUUGGAUACAAAUGAGCCCUUGUUCCAGAAGGUUCACACGGAAAGAUUACUCGUCAGCAACCCUGAAGAGAGCCUUUCAGACGAUGAUGACUUGGAAAUCGAACCCCGAGUGGGAACUGAGGUCGACGAAUUGCUAAAUGAACGUACCGGGGAUGGAAACGGACUUCGCGAUUCCCUGAUCCAAGAUCUUGGGGAUCGCGAGAGGCUGAUUCUGGAUUUCCUCAAUGCUGCUCGAUGGACAGCGAGGGCAGAAGAGAGUUUCACUGAGCGGCCAGACCGUCCAGAACGACCAUCGAGAGCUAGCUUGCACCCUCAAGUAACGGCUCGUACGCGCCAUCACGGUUCCACAGAGGGGGCCACCCGCACAUCCCGUCCUACUUCGCCUCGACAUUCAUACGAGACUGCUGACAGUUCUCUGGACAGCCACUUGGACCGGGCAGGGAGUGAGCGCUCCUCCUUUCAGCCUAGACGUCAGGGCUCAGUAAUACUCUCACAAGACAGUAGAUCCCCAGAAGUUGGAUCUUCCAACCAAGAACGACAGUCCAACUCGCUACGAUGGACUGCAUCACGUUCCGCCGAGCUGACAGCAAUCCAAGCCGAUGUUUUGCAUCGUCUAAGCUCUGAUCCCGAUGUUCUCUCCGACGAUUUCCACUCCCGUGACUUUUUCGAUCUCCCACCGCGACCGACUGAUGCAUCUGGGCCCAGCCUUGAAUUCGAAUACACGCCCGAAACGCCUCGUCGACGACCCCAGCGAUCGAGCUCUAUCCCGCGGCGGCCCGAGCGACUAUCGAAUAUUGAAUACCUAGCACGGGAGCGAAGAUUUGACCCGGCUAGAGUCUCCACAUAUGAGAUCAGAGCCAAUGUUGCAGCGGAGCGUCUUCGACGUCAGCGCCGUAUGGCAAAUGCUGUACACGAGCGUUCUUCUGACCGAGACAAUGUGCACUCGUCAGAACGGGAGCAUCUGCACCGCCAAAUAGCUGGCCUUGAGCAAGCGAAUUCUGCAUGGGUUAGGAAUGUUAUUAGCGAGCUGCCCGAGCGAAGCUUGAUUCAUGGCCCUGGUGCCGAAGAGCCAGAUUCCACGGCCGGAGUAGGCUGGGGCGCCGAUGGAAGGACACUGUACGUCGCGACACUGGAAGGAAUUUUUGAGUUCCACGUCAACAUCCAUGAUCGGAAGACCUUCCCUAUCUUUUCAUGUCGAUGA